AUGAUUAUAAAAAAGUUGGUGUCUGUCAUCUACAACUUCAAGAUCAAUGAUAUUCCAUCGCCUUGGGAAUUAUUGGGUAAAGGGUCCAACAACGGUGGUGGCGUCGGAGAGAUGUGUUGUGUUUGCUUGUGUGGUAUGGAGGAAGGAGAAGAGAGACGGGUGCUGACAUGCAGACAUGAGUUUCACGGGCAAUGCAUCGGCAGAUGGUUCGAUGGCCGAAGAAUUACGUGCCCCAUCUGCCGUCGAGGCGAUCAUCAUACAGAGAUGAUGAUGAUGAAUGACAAACAGUUCUUGACCGAGGAAAUGCUUGUCUGGUUUUCUUCUUUUCAUGUUGCUGGCUUUUGA